CUGCGCACGUCGCUCGGUCCUAGAGGCUUGGACAAGAUGAUGGUGUCCUCAGACGGAGAGGUGACUGUCACUAAUGAUGGAGCGACCAUCCUCAAGUUGAUGGAUGUGGAGCACCAGAUAGGGAAACUGAUGGUGCAGCUGGCACAGAGUCAAGACGAUGAGAUCGGGGAUGGAACUACUGGGGUCGUGGUGUUGGCUGGUGCCUUGUUAGAGCAGGCUUCAAAUCUAUUAGACAAAGGCAUACAUCCGAUCAGAAUAGCCGAUGGGUUUGAAAUGGCAGCAGCAACAGCUGUAGCACACUUGGAAAGUAUCAGCGAGCCGUUCCCCGUCAAUAAAGACACAAGGGAGCAUCUUAUCAAAGUUGCUAUGACUACGCUCGGCAGUAAAGUAGUAGUGAAGUGUCACCGGCUCAUGGCUGAGAUAGCCGUCGAUGUGUAA